GUUUAAAUUACACCAUUAUAAAUUAUAUAAGAAUAUGCAUAAGUGGAUAUUAUGACUGAUAAGAAGUUGAAUAAUAUGUCGUCUAAGCCGCCGGAAAGUGAGACAUCUCAACCUUCUACAUCAUCUUUGAAAUUUUCACUCGAGGAUUUACCAAGUUACGAAGAUCCCGAUGAAGACUUACCUCCACCACAAGAACCAAAUAAUGACGAUGAAUUAAUUAGUAAUAUAUUACCGUCUUAUCAUAUGUUUCAAUCCACUAUUUCCAAAAAUUUAACACUCACCAAUGAAAAUUUUAGUGUUGAUCCUCCUAUGUAUGAAGUUAGUCCAGUAUCUUCAGCUACUCCAUCUUUAAUGUCAAUAUCAGCAUUACAAUCUCCCAUUGAUCAUUCUAGUACUAGUUUAGAUCAAUUUCCAUUUCCUUUAAGUUCAGUUGGUUCCAAUGAAGACAACGAGGGUCAUACAUUUAAUGAAGAAUCCUUUCAAAUAUGGGAAAAUACCAUUCUUGCCAAUGUACAUAAAUUACCUAAUUUAACAAAAUUGAAAGAUAGUCCUACAUCUUCUUUAGAAAUUAAUAUAACAACCACAGAAAAAGUAUGUCGAAAGGGAGUUGAACCAAUUAUAAUAGAUCUUAGUGAUCGAGAAUUUAAACAAGGUGAUUAUAUUCAUGGUUAUGUGACAAUACUUAAUAAAUCUGAUAAACCAAUACCAUUUGAAAUGGUUUAUGUUGUAUUUGAAGGUGUUAUAACUAUUUUAGAUAAUAAAGGUGGAGUUAUUGAUGCCAAUAAACCAUUGACAGUAUCCAAAUUCUUAAAUAUGUUGGAUUUAUUUGCUUCUUGGUCUUAUGCCAAUAUUGAUAGAUUAAUUACUGAUAAUGGUGAUCCUCAUGAUUGGUGUUAUGGUGAAACAGAUCCUUAUGAUAAUACUGUAUUAUCAAUUGAUGUUAAACGAUUAUUUCAACCUGGAGUUACUUAUAAACGAUUCUUUUCAUUUAAAAUACCUGAAAAAUUACUAGAUGAUAUUUGUGAAAAUCAUUCUUUAAUUAGACAUGCAGAAGUACCUCCAAGUUUAGGAAUACCAAGAAAUCAAUUUUCUGUUUCGAAAUUAUUUGCUAAUCCAGAAACUCAAAUUAGAGAUCUUACAUUUAUUGAUACUUCAAUUAGUUAUAGUGUUGAUGCUAGAAUUAUUGGUCGAUCUCAUGAUUAUGAAUAUGAAUUGGAUAAACAGGAUAAAUAUAUUAUUGCAAAGGAAUCAACAAGACCUAUACGAGUUAUUCCCUUCCCAUAUCAAACAUAUGUAUAUAACAGAAAAGCUAUUUAUGAAGAAUCAAAAAUAUAUUACAAAGCAUUUGUGGAUUCUAUACGAUCAAAAAUUGAAUUUGGUGAAGAUUUAUUAAAUACUCCACCUACUCAAAGAUUAAGAGUUCUUGGAUUAACACCUCAAAGUUCAAGGGAUUCAUUUAAUAAUGAUAGUAAUAAAUUGAGACAAUUAUAUGAUAUUGCCAAUAUUAAUAAUUUAAAUCAUCAAUUCAAGAAGAAUCAUAAACAAUUUGUUGAUGACUUUUAUCAAUAUUUAUUACCAUAUAAAAAGAAAUCAUUAACUGGCUCUGUUAAAAUCUUAGGUGUUGUAUCUUUAAGUACUCCCAAGGGGAUAUAUUCUGUUGAUUAUAUUCCACCUCUCAAAUUUAGAAAUGGAAAUAAGAAAUAUAAUACAGAAGUUGUUAUUCCAUUGGAGUUAUCUUAUGUUAUAGAGAAUACACUUUCAAAACAAUUUUCAUCAUCAUCUGCAUCAUCAUCUACAUCAAUUACACCGACACUUACUCCUACUCAUUCUCAUUCUCAUUCUCACCCUCACUCUCACUCUCAAUCUAGUCUUCCACAACUAAAUUCCAAAGUCCAAUUUCCGGAAAUAAAAUCAUUACAAGUAGAAUUAGUGACUCUAACAAUAAGAUCCAAGAAAUAUCCUGUGCCAUUUGAGUUCACUCAUGAUCUUUGUUUCAAAGAUCAAGAGAUAGACUCCUCGAAAAAGAAAGAAAUUGAUAAUUUCGAUCUGAUAGUCAUAAAGCAGUUUCAUGAAUAUCUCCUCAAAAUAGGGCAUUUAAUUAAAUCUGUAGGUAAUGAAAUAAUUAAGUUUGAAACUCAAUUAUAUAAAGACAUCAGAUCAUUAGCACAUUUACAGACCAAAUAUAUUAAUUUAUCAAUUCUGGAUUAUGAAUUAAUUUCCAAGAAUAGUAAUCAAACUAGUUUAGGAAUUCAAAAACUGUUGAAAACUAUUCCUUGGGAAUUUGAGCCACCAAAUACAUCUCAUGAUCAUGAGUUAUAUUCUAAAAAAUUCGACAUUAAAAUCGAUUUAAAUUCUUGUCAUUUAAAGGGUCUUGAUAAUGCAGGUCAAGUUGGGUUUGAUUAUGUAACAUUAGUACCUAGUUUUCAAACAUGCCUUAUGACUAGAUUAUAUUAUUUUAAAGUGGUAGUUAGAUUAACAAAUGGUGAAUCAUUAGUAGUUAAUGUGCCAUUAUCAAUUGAAAGAGAUAGAUAAAAUUCCCCUUCCCCCACACUAUAGAAUUUUUUUAUAUAUAUGUAUAUAUUUUACUAAAUUUAUGACAUUUUUGUAUGGCUGUUAAAAAUCUGA